UACGUAAACAAACACGUUCAUAACAUUUUGUGUUUACUCCAUGUGCUCUCAGUCUAAACGGUUCAUGCUAAUUCCUCAGAUCUUACUUCGCGAAAAACAAUGGGUAAAAUUCAACUUUUUAACGAGUCCGACCAAGAGGAAGAGGAGGAGUUGAAAUUUAAGACAAACAGAGGUUACGCUAAGCACUACGAUGAGUUCCGGAAGAAGGAGAUCCUGGGACAACUGAAAAACCUCGGCUCCGAGAGUGAAUCGUCCUCCAGCGAUGAUGAAACAACGGACGAGGAAGUGAUGGACCCCGAGUUCGAUAAGGAGUUCUUCCGAACGCUGGCCUUCCUGAAGCGACGGGACGCGACAAAGUACGAGGAGAAACCAACGUUUUUCGAAAAUGUCAAACCGGUGGAGGAAGUGGCUCUCGCGAAGCGUAAGAAAAAAGAGAAACCGCUGACGCUGAAGGAUUACGAGCGGAAGGUAAUGCUGGAGAAGGGAGGCGUUUUCGAGGAUGAAGAUGAUGACCCACGGCGAGAGGUGAGAGCGGAGUCACCAUCGCUUGUGAAACAGCAGGAGCAGAUUAAGGACGAGAUAAAGCGGGCUCUCAGUAAGAUCGAUACCGACGAUGAGGAGGAGGAUGACUCGAAGGGUGGAUUGUUGAAAGAACGAAGCAAGAGCAAGGCUGAGACGGACAAGGAAAAGGCCGACUAUUUGGCAUGGUUAGCAGAUAAGAAGCAGAAGGGAGCUCCUUCGGAAGACGCAAAACCGUUGGAACCGUUGAAGGAUUUCUGGAGUAGCAAAACGCUUUCCAAGGAGGAUGCCUUCUUGAAGGAUUACAUUCUUAAUAAAAGAUUUGUGGACAAUGCGGGUGAUAUCCCAACGUACGAAGAUAUUGUCGCGACGUCUGAAGACGAAGAAGAGUUGGAAAGGCAAGAGACGUACGAAAGACAGUAUAACUUCCGAUUCGAGGAACCGGAUGCGGAGUUUAUUAAGAGGUAUCCGAGAAACGUUGAAGAAUCGGUUCGUAUUGAACGCAACAAGCGUAAGGAGCAGAGACAGGCGCUCAAGGAACGGAAACAGCAGGAGAAAGAGCAGAAAAAACGAGAGCUGGAAGAGCUGAAGGCAAUCAAGCUGCAGGAGAUCAGAGAGAAGAUUCAGAAACUGAAGGAGAUCGCUGCUACCGAAAAUAUCGCUAUGAAGGAGGAGGAUUUGGAGUCCGAUUUCGAUCCGGAUGAGCACGAUCGCAGGAUGCGACAAAUGUUCGAUGACGAUUACUAUGAGGUAGAUGAGGGCGAUCAAAAGCCAGAUUUUCCGGAAUUGGAUGAGGAAUUGGGAAUCGAAAACUACGAUCGCGAGAAAAGCAAAAUUGAUGAACUGCAAGAUUAUGGUCCGUACUGCGAGGACGAUGAUUUUAUAAUGGAUGCUGAUUAUGAGGAGAACUCAAAGAAGAUUAAGAACGACUUGCAGGAAGAACUCUUGGAGGCAACUGGUGCCAGAAAGAAGAAGAAAGGAAAAAGAAUGUCCAAAUUUACCGAAAUGUUGCGAAAGGAAAGACCUCUAUUCGAUCCCGAAGAUGAGAAAACUUAUGGCGAAUAUAUCGAUGAAUACUACAAGUUGGAUUACGAGGAUAUAAUAGGAGACAUGCCGUGUCGUUUUCGGUACACGGAAACGGUUCCAAAUGACUUUGGACUGAGCAUUGAAGAGAUUCUGAGUGCCAACACCCGAGAAUUGAAUCGUUGGGCAAGUGUGAAGAAAACUGUCCAAAUUCGACCAAAAUAUGUUGAGCUCGGUGAGAUCGAAUCAUACAAACGGAAAGCCCACAACGAGACGCUGAAACGUAAAAUUCUGCCGAGUUUGUUCAUUAGACAGGAAGACAGUGAUGAAGAUGAAGACGAAGAUAUAAAAGAACAGAAACAAAAGCAAAACACCGUUACCAAAUUUGAGGAAGAAGUAAAACCGGAAACCAGCGAAGUCCAAGUUGAAAAGAAAAAGAAGAAAAAGAAAAAGAAGCAUGUCGCGGGGGAAGCGAUAAGCGAGGAGGUGGCUAGCACUUCAAUGCAGGAUGAAACAAAUUCUGGAGCAGUACACGGCAGUGCAAAGGAUUGUAUCGAGCAAAAGAUCCACAAAAGUGAGAAGAAGCGGAAAAAGGCAAAACAUCAACAGGAAUCUGCUGAAACACCCAUGUCGGAGAACAAAACCCAUAGCGAGGUCAGUCAGCCGUCAAAGAAACGAAAGCGGUUGGAUGUAGAGUCGACACAAUUUGGUGACGCGAACACAUCACAAGCGAAUCCUAAGAGGAAAAAGUUCGAUCAACAAAAUAAGAAGCAUCGCAAAAAUAAACAAAACGGUGAACCGUUUUCGAAUGUUACCGAUGAUCGGUUGCGGGCGUUCGGAAUCAAUCCGAGGAAGUUCCACAACAAGCUCAAGUAUGGUAACAAGGACAAGCAGGGUAAUGAUGGUCAGAAGGGAGAUCAUCAUAAGCAAAACCAACGCGAAAAGUUCAAGAAGAAAAAUUGGAAUAAGAAAUAAAUAACCUUUUGUUGUUAAUACACAAACCGAAAUGUUGAAAAACAUUGAAAAUAAAAAAAAAUGUUUUGUACAUAUCUCAGCAAAUAUUUUUAU